CAAGGAUUUGACGCGGACUUCUGACGACGAGGUGCCUCUGCACGUCCAGGACUUGCAGGAUUUCUUCAUGGUUCAACCGUCUUUCCUUCGCGAAUUCACAUUGUGACAGAAGCGCGUAUAUAAUGUGCUCGUCAAAUGUCAGGCUCAAAGCAGAUUCUGGCACGGGCCUCGGUCGUUUACGGGUCCUGUCCGGAUUCUGAACUGUCUCGCGGGAAGAUUCUUGACUAACACCUCGUGAUACCCUCACGUCGGUCAGUGUAUCCCCAGAAGGCUCACCACCGCCCAAAGCAACAAGUGCUCUGAAACUCUCAGAAUUUACUUCUGGGUGAUUUGCGACGUCAGAGGGACUCAUGCACUGGGAAAUGCCCGCCUCGAUCGAUUGCAGCCUAGCCGGGGAUGCUGCACCAUCUGGAAAUGCUGCGAAGAAAGUGGUUAGGGAUGGCUCAAUUAACAGUUUCGAGAAGGUCACAUUUACCCACGCUGCAUUCGUGCAUACAGCGAGGACAGACCCUCAGGGAAAGUAAAUACUUGCAUUCGUUGUCUGUAUCAUGUCGGCUAGCCGUAAUUACGGUGGAUUCGUCUCUGACAGUCAAGACAUCGCGACCCGGUAUAAAACCCCCAUGGUAUGCCCUUUCAGAGAGCUGGCGAAU